UUACCAAGUUUCUAAAACCGGAAAUGGAGGCGUGACUUCCUGUGAAAACUUUGGUACAGAGAAAGGAGAAAGUCCGGACUUGUGGGGAAGUUUCCUCCUCAAAUAACUCUUUCUCUGCCGUCUUGGUGCCUUCGUUAACAAGUCUACGGCCUAGAAAGACUUUUUUUACUAAGGUUUUGCGCCGUUGGAUUUAGUAGAAACCGACUGUCCGGAUGUUUUUAUGCAGUUGUAGUCGCCGGAGGAAGGGGGUUACAUGGCCGCGGGUCGGGGUAUGAUUAGAACGAGAAUUUCCAGUAGAAGAUCCUAACCAAAAUGCAGUCUAAGGAGAGCCUGCAGGCCUUCGUGCGGACGGUGGAGGAACUGGAGAAGACCUCCGCGGACGGGGUGGACGGGUUCGCCCGGGAAUUCGCGAAACUGAAGCAGCAGUCGAUGCAGUACAAGUUAGACAAGACCUACUCCACCACUCAUGGAGAGAAGGAAUGUAACAGGAGGAAAAACAGAUACAAGGAUAUCUUGCCAUUUGACUACACCAGAGUUCAACUGUCAGAGGUCAAAGGAUCACCAGGGUCAGAUUACAUCAAUGCCAAUUUUCUUAAGGGAGCGACGGGAGAGAGAACGUACAUCGCGUCGCAGGCCCCGCUUCCCGCCACCGUGGUGGACUUCUGGAGAAUGCUGUGGGAGUACAAUGUCAAGGUUGUUAUCAUGGCCUGUCGGGAGGUGGAACAGGGAAAGCACAAGUGUGAGCGUUACUGGGCCAACCGAGGGGAGGAGAAAACCUUUGGGGACAUCACAGUCUCCAUGGAGGAUCAGAACAAGAUAACUGAAGACUUCCUAAGACGGAUCAUUGUGGCUAAAAAAGGCUCGGAAACGCGUCAGCUAGUCCAGUUCCACUACACAACUUGGCCUGACCACGGGGUACCGCUGUCCCCUCGCUCCAUCAUAGACCUCAUCGGGCAGUUCAGACAGGUCCAGCCUAUGGAUGACAGCCCCAUCUGUGUGCACUGCAGUGCUGGCUGUGGGAGAACUGGAACCAUCUGUGCCAUAGACUACACCUGGAGCCUCAUCAAGAAAGGGCAAUUCAAAGACCUGAGUAUGUAUGAGCUGGUGACGGACAUGCGACGACAGAGACCGGCCAUCGUACAGACUAAGGAGCAGUACGAGUUAGUGAACAGAGCGGUGCUGGAACUGGUGGAGGACAGUCUGAAGCGGAUGCACAACUAUGAGAACUUCCCCUUCAACAACGGACAGGCCUCUCUGACCAGCGACUAUGAGGUAGUAGCCCUUCUGGAUGAAGACUCCUACCCAGAAGAGCCUCCACCCAAGCCCACUAGAAGAAGACCAGAGGUGCCGGCCAGACCGCCCCUCCAUCCCCCCAAGCCCCAGUCUCCUGCCUACGUCAACUCCCCCCAGCCUCCCAACCUCCUCGACACAGACUAUGCAAACGUGGACCACACCGCACCACGGAAACCGGUCCUCAAAGCCAAACCUCCCAUCCUGACUAAACCCAACACCAGCGCGCCGGGUGCUGCGUACGAAAACGUUGUUCUCCCCGCCAAGAGCCCAAGUUCUGGUGCGACGCAGUACGAAAACGUAAAUCUGGCAGACCCCAGCUCAAAUUCCAGCGGGAAUUCCGGAAUCGCAAGCCGAUCCGACGAGUCGACGCAACCCCAGACCGCACCUCGCAGGCCAGUCGUUCCAGCGAAACCCGCCUCUGAGGCAAGCGCCGACAAUCCGUACGAAGAUAUAGACUACACAAAGGGGGAUCCCUCGGAAAAGGAGGGAGCGAGAGAGACAGAUGAGGAUGAGAAGUCAAGGGGAAAGCAGCACCCACACCUUCCCAGGUUUGCACACCUGGAGAAAAUCCGUUUGCAGCAGCAGCUUCAGAGUUUCCAGGCCGAAGGCGACGCCAAGGCCGAAGACGACGCCAAGGUUGAAGAAGACGAGAAACAUUCCAAACUUCCGUUCAAGAGACUCAACUUUCCGUUCGGUCGUAACAAAAAGGAGGAGGGUAGCAGUAGCGAGUCUUCCAAACCUACAGGAGGAGUGAGUGUGUUUCCUAGCACAGCGGCCAGCGGUAGCUCAACCAAUAGCAAUAGUUCUAACACAGUGGCGCCACCAAGGGUUGGACGAAAGGGGCUUCCGGUUGGAGGGAUAAGUGUUCUUCCAACCGGCUCUGCAUUGAAGCCCAAAGACAGUCCGCCAACCAGGCCAAAACAUGGGAAAUCACCAACGGACGGGCUCGCGGCAGUUAUGAAGGGGGUCUUCCUACCACACACAAAAGCGACCGAAACAAUCACCGACCCCGACGCAAAGCAGGACGAUUCCUUAGAACACCCGCAGAAGCCUGCUGUGCCAGUAGACAGGCGUCCCAUGCUACCUCCCCCGAGACCCAACCCCCCCAGAACUGUCGCCGAUACGGACCUCUACUCUGAGGUGAAAGACGUUGACCUUUAUGCAGACGUCAAGGACACCCACGAUCUUAACAGAAGUAGCAGCCAAUCUAACGACCUUGCCGAGUAUACCACACCGUACGACCUUCAGUCUGGCGCUGCCUCCACGGAUACGACGGGGGACGGCCCACAAGUGUACUCGGAGGUGAAACCAAAGAACCGACAGGUCAACGGCAGUGGGAAUUUUGGAGACUACACGGAGGUUAAUAUGGAGGAUGAGGUUUUCGCGAACAGCCCCAGGGGUCGGAUGGAGAUCAAGAACACGUUCGAGGACGACGGAACCUACGCCACAGUCGACGUAAGACAGUUCAGAGCCUCGCACAGCCAGAGGUCAAGCACGUGCAGUUUGGGUGGAGACGAUGAUAUGGGCAGUGAUGAUGACUCUGCGCCUCCCCUUCCGACCCGCACCAAGGAGUCAUACGAGUAUGGGGAAGAGGACAUGGACCGAAUCUCCACCCAUUCCUCUGACAAGUCUGACUCCCUUCCCAGGGACACAGCGACCCCCGCCUCAAGUGCACGGAAGAUGAAGAUGAAGAACUUCUUACACAAGGGGAAGAACAUCUUAAAGAUCAACCAGAGCGCAGGUUUGACAGAGCAGGAGAAGAAGGAACUGCAAGACUGCUCGGAGGCCCAGUUCAGACCGUACCAGCCCACCUACACUGGACAGUCUGCAAUCCACAACAACCAGGAGAUUGGUUUUGGGAAGAGAGUGGCGAAACCAAAAGGCCCCAGGGAUCCACCAAAGAACUGGUUCCGGAAGGCCAAAGGAAAAGACACGCUAUCAGCCUGAUGAAGUCACUGUGCUGAUGGUGUGUACACGUGUGUGUGUACAUGUUUGGGGUUGUUUGGGGAUAUACACAGUAUCGCAUAACAGAAAAAAAGACAAAGCCCACAGCAAAGUGUCAUGGGGACUACAGCAAAGCACCAUGGGAACAACAGCAAAGCAAUAUGGGAAAACUACAAAGCACAACACGUGGGAGCAACAGCAAAGCAAUAUGGGAACAACUACAAAGCAGUAUGGGAACAGCAGCAAAGCAGUAUGGGAACAGCAGCAAAGCAGUAUGGGAACAGCAGCAAAGCAGUAUGGGAACAGCAGCAAAGCAGUAUGGGAACAGCAGCAAAGCAGUAUGGGAACAACUGUUGCGGCAAAGAAGUAUGGGAACAGCAGCAA